AUGCGAACCGCCCUUCUUACGCGGCUCCUCUUCCUCAGUGUGCUCCAACAUCUCUGCUCAGCACUCUCUCUUACAUGUCUCGAGUAUCCGUAUCCUCACAACCCCAGGAUAUCCAUCCAAGUCGAUUGCUCACCCUUGCAAACGCAACCGCAAGCGCAAAAAGCUGCCGCAGCACUCCCCUCGGCCUCAUCCCGGUCCAGCGGCGCUCGAUCAAGCGCCUUGGCCAGUGCAACAAUAUCACUCAUUUCACAAGCAUCACUUGCGCCAAUAGCAGAUGGACUUCGCUCACCCGUCUCUUCGAUCCUGCAAGAACCCGCAUUACCGGCACCGGUCGCGAACCAAGAUGCGACCAAUCGAUUUGUUUUUGACAUUUCAUGCCCGGCCAGCUACGGUGCUGCCAACUGUGCCGAUGCCAAUGCAACUCUUUAUCUUGCUGGUGGACUUAUUUCCAAUAUUUUGCAACUUUCAGCGCCCAUCCUGGUCAAUGCGACCUUGACUUCAUUCUGUUCAACAUUAGGCAUCUGCGAUGAAGGUGGUACGAUCACCUCACUCGCUGCAGCAUCUCCUGCGCGUAAUAUCCCGCUUGUGGAUGAUGAUGGCAUUGUCCGUUACUACCCACAAGCAGUCGUCAAGCAAAUGGCGAGUUACUUUCCACAACAACCUCAGCUUGGCGCGUACGACAUCAAUCUCAAUGUCAAUGCGCAAGCGAGUUUCUAUUUUUCUGGUCGUGCAGCAGGCAGACCUGCUCCGGCAGCGAUCAAAUCUACACAAACUGAUUUUUUCUUUGUCGUGAUGCACGAGUUGAUGCAUGGUCUCGGCUUCACCAGCUCGUAUGAGGAUUACUUUCAUCCAUCUUCGCCAAGCACAGUCACGCCGAACGUGCGUAUCUUUGUUACAGAGAGCAAUGGUAAGCAAGGUCUUGAAUUUGCUGGCUUCUCAGAGUAUGCAUUUGAUCGGUUCGUUCAGGUGAAUGGCACGCUCUUGACUGGCUCCACAGUCGCCAAUAUGAAUACGCGCUUGUUUGCAGAGACGAGUGGCAGAUUGUUCGCAAAUGAGACUGAUUUGGCAACCUAUUUCACAACGCAAUCACCCGUCGCUGAUGUCGCACGUCGACUGGCUCAAAGCUUCGUCAAGCGCUAUACAACGACCCUGGCACUCCUUCCAGGGAUCUUGUCAAAUCGCACCUCCAGCAAUAGUACCGCGAAUCUCGUCCUUGAAACAGGGAUUGUACCAUUCUCUGCAGGAUCGAGCGUCAGUCAUGUCGCUGCGGAUCUAUACGACCGAACUCCAGAUUUCCUGAUGCGAUUUGAAGUGGUCAAGGGUGCCACACUGCAAUCCUACAUUACAUCUGCCGUGCAAGCCGCACAGGGAAGUGCCAACGCUGCACGCGUUGCGAGUGAUGCAGCAAUCUAUGGAGCAUUAGGGCCAGGAUUACGUGCUGUUCUUGCAGGAAUCGGAUAUCGUGUGCGUGGCGGUGUUGGGUCACUACAACCUAUUGUAAAUACGGCUGUUGUGACGACCAGUAUGCCUGUGAAUGGCGCUACUGCUACGGGGAGCGCUGUUUCUGGUGGUGCUGUGCCGGCAACGACGGGACGUGUUACUGCGUCGGGUGCGACUGCUACUGUUGCGUCUUCUUGGACCUUCCUUGGGUGGUUGCUCUUCCUGUCUUCUAUGGCAAUAUGA